AUGCAGUCGUUGUCGCCGGCUACCUUCCCAGCGGUUGCAGAGAGUGAGCAGGUGCUGACGCCCUAUCAGCGCCCACCGGUGACCGAGAGCCCCGCCACGUGCGGCAUCGACCCGCAAAAGCCGCAGGACGUGUUCGACGUGACGGGCCACGGUGCCUUCCAGCGGCGCCUGCUGGUCUGCGCGACGCUUUCCACUGCCGUGAUGCUGGCCCACUCGCUCGCCUACCGCGUGCUCGCUCGUCCUGUUCGGCACUGGUGCGCACCACCGUAUGACUUGGCAUUGCUCCCAACCGAAGUCUGGAGGAACGUGGCCAUACCGCUGAUGCCCGACGGUAGCUUCAGCCAGUGCACCGUCUACGAUCCGCCUGUGCCGGAUCUCGCCAACGCCGACCGCCGCGUGGUUCCUUGCGAGCGGUGGCAAUACGACGAGGCGAACGAAAGCAUCGUGGACCAGUGGGACCUGGUGUGCCGCCACCGCUGGUUGUUGCCCUUGUCUUCGCUGCUGUAUUUGGUAGGCGCCCUGCUGGGCCUGCCACUCGUUGGCCUGGCGGCCGACUGCCUGGGCCGCAAGCCGGUGAUUAUCUGUUGCGUGGCGGCGCUGCUGUUCGCCGGCACAAGUUGUGGCGUGGCGCGUUCCUUCGACAGCUUCGUCCUAUCGCGCCUGGCCGUGGCCGUGACCUCGGGCGGCGCCCAGCUUUUGCUGUUCGUGCUGCUCUACGAGGCGUGCGAUAACGGGCACCGGCUGACUUUCAGCCUGCUCUGCUGGGGCCCCGCGUCGGCGCUGCUCCCUCUCGUCUUCAAGCUGAGCAGCGUUAUGGACGAGCACUGGGAGAAGACUCAGGUGGUGCUCAUGGUGCCCACGUGCCUCCUCGUCUCUGUCUGCUUCCUGCUUGAGGAGUCGGCCGCCUGGCUGCUGGCGUCACGGCAGCCGCGCCUGGCCGAAGAAGCGGCGCUCGCCGUGGCAGUUGUCAACGGCGUGCCGCUGACUGGGGCCAAGCUGGCCUUCGCGGCACUGCUCAUGCAAGCCAAGGCUCAAGACCGGUCCGCACGUGAAAGCACUUUUUGGUUCACGCAGACGGCUAUCUUGCGGAAGAAGGUAUUUCGCGGCCACAACGUGCCGGAACUCUGUUCGUGGUUCACGGUCAUGCUUGCCUUCUACGGAACCAACCUCGGGUCAGGUGAAACCGCGCCACACUCAUUCUUGGGCAGCAUCGCUGUGGUCUUCCUCGUGAGUGCCAUGCACACUGCCAUCUACUGGAGCAUGACACGGUUCGGCCCAAGACACACUUUUGCGGCGGUUAUGUGGCUCCUGGCGCUGCAGUCAAUCGUCCAGGCGAGCAAAGUUGACCGUGUGACGGCCGUCGUGGGCUACGCCGUAACAGCCACUGCCAUGGGUGCCACUUACGUUUACUCGGUCGAGAGAUUCCCGAGCGAGGUGCGCUGUGUGGGCAUGGGAGCCUGCUACUCUGUGGGCUGCAUCGGUGCCGUUGUCGCGUUGGUUACCGAGCUUAUCUGGGACUCUCCGAGGCAGACGCUUCACGGGAUCGCAGCCGUGCUCGCUUUUCUCUGCCUCAUCGGCCUCCACCAGCUACCCUAUGUAGUCGGUGUCAAGAGCCGCAAGGACCACUCUAACGGGGCCGAGCGCAAGAAAGUCAUGCAAAAGUCGCUGGUUCCCAUCAGGGCCGCUGUGGCUAAUUCGAUGGCGAGGCGUGCACCCAGGUCAUCGUCCAUUGGUUUCAGGAGAAGCUCCAAAGCACAGGCUCCCACCGAUAACGGCUCCUCGUGCUCCGCGCGCGAUCCGCUGCACGACGAAGCGUUGCACGUGGACGCAGUCGGCGCUGACGUGGUACUGCACGACCACCAAGCACAGGCUGGAUCGACAAACACUUGCACUUCGCACGGAGAUGCAGGACAGGCCGACACGCACGCCAGCGAUUUUUAA